CGCUGCCCUCAGUUCUGCGUGUAAGAUUCUGCCGGCUUGUUCUCCCCAGUUCUCCUCUCCCCGGUCCUCCCCCCAAUACCCGGACAUGGUGGUCGUGGGAGCCUCCAAAGUCAUCUUCAUCCCUGGAAACCAGUGCGAUCAGAGCGAUUGCAACUCCCUGACGUCCAUCAUGUUACCCAUCCACAGCCCGUCCAGCCCGGAGUCCGCCAGCGGCGACAUCCCUGCGAGGAAGCGGCAGCGGCUGACCCAUCUGAGCCCGGAGGAGAAGGCGCUGAGGAGGAAAUUGAAGAACAGAGUAGCAGCCCAAACCGCACGUGACAGGAAAAAAGCCAGGAUGAGCGAGCUUGAGCAGCAAGUCUUGGAUCUGGAGAUCGAGAAUGAGAAACUCCUGCUCGAAAAUGAACUUUUACAAGAAAAGUCACAUGCCUUGUUGACUGAAAACCAAGAGCUACGACAGAGAUUGGGCCUUGAUGCCCUGGAGGUGAAAGAGGAAGAAGUUGAGGUUCUGACACAGUCCAGAGAAGAUGAGGUCAGGCCGGUGACCGGGUCCGCUGAGUCCGCAGCACUCAGACUACGUGCGUCUGCAGCAGGAGCAGGCCCAGGUGUCCCCGAACUUGACCAUGUCUGCAUGGAUUCUGACAGCCCUGAUUCUUCAGACUGUGAGUCUGAUAUCUUGCUGGGCCUAUUGGAAAGCCUGGACCCAGACAUGUUGCUCACCUAUGAAGAAGACUUAUCAUGGAACCAGCAAGAAGCUAGGGGAGUCGAAUCUGAUUCCAUAUCCUCCACCCCAUCUUUUCCUUUGGGGACCCCAUCAAUCAAGCUGGAGGCCAUUAAUGAACUGAUCAAGUUUGACCACGUCUACACAAAGCCUCUUUGCUCCGAGGAAGACUCCGAGCUAGGAAUUGAGACCAGCGUUGUUAUUAAAACGGAGGAAGCAUCCUUUAAUCCUUGUGUUGUCCCCAUCGGCGCGAAGGAGGAGUUGCAAGAAAAGGAAGUCCCAUCUAGCAUUGACACACAGAUCUUUUUGAUCUCUGCUGAAAACAUUGUGGAAAAACCAGCAAGUCUUCUGGAGACAGGCAGUGACUCUGGAUAUGAGGGCUGCACAUCACCCUUCAGUGAUAUGUCCUCUCCUUUGAACUCUGAUCAAGUAUGGGAGGACACUUUUAACACUGAACUUUUCCCUCAGCUUCUCAAUGUCCAAAUGCACCAGUCCUGUUCUCCCUCCCCUCUUGAUGACCCCACUCUCUUCUGGAAUCCCAGCCCAGACUUUGAUGAUGAAUCCUUCUAAACACCUUUCUGCGUUCUCCAACUGCCACAAACAGACUAUUAUUUAUCUUCAUAUCGGCUUGUAUUUUUAUGAUAAAGAUUAUAUUACUAAAGUAUUGUAUGGUUCAAAUUCCAAGCGCAACAAGUAUGUGCCAUUCUACCGCUUUAUUAAUGAAGUGCGCUUGUAAAACCCAUUCUGACCUCUAUGUGAGUUCCCAACGAUUUACUGAAAAUGUUGUAAUGUCUAGUAGACUGUGGCGUUUGCCCUAGAGGGCUUAUCGAUGGUGGCUGAUUCCGGCGAGGUUUUUCUCUAGUACCAGCUGUAAUACAAGUUCUUCAUGCUGUGGAAGUUUAUCUCAAUAUCUAGCCACAUCUAAUCUCUGAAAAGUACAGCACUUGCAGUUUUCCUGAUGAGCAGCUUGAUAGGUUAGCUGGUUACUUGCUAAGAGAACUUCCCUAGUAAGAAUUGUUUCGAGCCUGCUGACAUUUUAGUCCUCCAGAUUAUUCAGGAGAACGUACAAAUAUCACAUUAUUGCCACUGCCUGACAAUGGAGAAAAUGUAGCAUGUGGUCACUGCAUCAAUCUAAAACCUGGGACCAACCUGCCAGCGCCACCGGGACACCAUCUAGUUAACGUGUCAGCAUAGAGUGUGGCUUAAUAAGGAAACAUAUUGGGUGUUAUUCCUAAUGUUAACAUUUCAUACAGAUACAAUCUGUAUACAAGAAAUGGGCAUUUUACUUUUAAUCCCAAUACUUUAUUUUAUUUUUUUUAUUCCCCAUUUGUUGCCUUCUUGUCAAAGGCAGUUUUUACUUUGUACAAAUAUGUUCUUUGUAUAUAGAUUGGUUCUGCAAUAAGGGGUAGUAAGCUUUUACUGAAAGUCAGCUAUGUAAAGUUCAGUUACCCCUCCCCAGCU